CAAGCACAGCCUUCCUCAUUCCCCGAUGGAGAGCUCGCUGGCCUGCCCCUCUUAGCUGAGGCUUGUAUCUCGACAUGCUAGGUGCUACAUGUGUGGGGAUUUACAGGGCUGCAUCCUAAGGACUAACUGCAACUCACAGAGAGGCGACUGAAUGACAGGCCUGCAAUAAGUGAAUGCCAGUGUGCUCAGACAAUGUCUGCAUUGUACAGUUGUCUGAAAGUGACACUAUCAUGGCUGCUAACACAACAGAAGGAAUACAGAAUUUAGAGACAGAAGAGCCCUAUGAAGAAUGUCCAGGGAAAAAGAAGUCAAAAUUUAAGGCAUUUAAAAAAUUUUUUGUUAAAAAGAAGGACAGACGGAAAGAAGCACCUGUCUCUAUCGGGGAGAACAUUCUAAAACCCAGCCAAUCCAGCAGUGAUAUCAGCAUAACAGGAGCCAGUUCCAUUGCGCUUCAUCCGGCACAAGACACAGGGACAAAAGGCAACAUGGGCAAUAAGGCCUUAUCGCAUGACAGUGUGUUUAUUGCUGAAGCAGAAAAUGCUCCCAAGGAUGAAAAUCCCUCUGGAAAAGUAAAGGCGUUACAGCUACAGCUUCAGCAGAACAUCAGGAUGGGGUCAUCUCCUAAGAUCAUUGCUCGCAAAAAAAUGGAAGAUUCUGGAGCACUUUCAGAAGAUGAUGGGUUACCCAGAAGCCCUCCAGAAAUAACAACAUUACAUGAAAUUUUGGCUCACCCUUCAGAAAAGUCUUCCAAGCCUAUACAGAGACGGAGCUCCUUGAGUUUAGGAGGGACUGACAGUGAAGAUGAGCAGUCACUCAGUCCAUUGCGGUCCAGUGUGGUUCCUGGUCCCAGCACACCAGCUGGCUUAUUGCUUCCAGUGGACUUUUCAUCUCCUGCCAGCCCACUGGCCUGCCUGGAUAACUCAGCAGCAAAGCACAGGAUUGCAGUGAAGCCAAAGAAGCAAAGAGGGCCUGCUCUGAAACCAAAGCAAUCUGAUGAAGACAAAUGUAAAGAAUCACAAACCUCAUAUUCAGUAAAAGAACAAGACAAAAGUGAAGAAGUGGUACAGUCCCUUGAUGAACUGAAUGUGACUCCUUUCCAAGCUGAAUCAGAAAUGGAAGAGACAAAAGUGGAACAUGGGGAAGAUUCUCCACCUGUUGUUUCUGUUACUCUUAUUCCUGAAGAUAUGCAAAGUCUUCCUCAAGAUGAAUUAAGCUACAGGGAGACUGAUGUUGAUAUCCAUAGUAAUCUGGUACCUUCUGAAGACCAAACAGAUGAUCACUGUGAAGAAACAGACAAGCAAGAACAGAAUUCUCAAGAUCCUGACCCUGAGUUCAUUCCUCCUUUAUCUGUGCAGAGUAUUAUCACAACAGUUUCAGAUGACCCAAAUAUUGAUUAUCUUCACACUGAGACUUUAAAUGAUAUUGUUGACAAUGAUGUAAAAUGUGGCUUAUCAGAAAGUUUCAUAGAAAAAGAAGAGUACACCGACGUAACUUCAAUGGCAGAAAAAAUUGGUGCUGAAGUUAAAGAGCGUGAGCAGGGAGGGAGCUCUGAACUGGAUAUUCCCUUGUUAGAAACUGAAGAUGAAUUACAAAUCAUUAUGGGGAGCACUUUAAUUGCAGAGGAUUUGAACUCACCAGCUGCUGCCUUGUUGCCUGAUACUUUAGCUACUGAUGCCUGUAACAGUAACAAAGCUGCAGAAGCAGAAGAUGAGGUCUCUCUGAGUAUUACAAUGAGAGAAACUUUAUCCACUGCAAAAAAGAACCCAGAAACUGUGACUAUGCUUGAAACUGAAAUGUCCUUAGCCAAAGAGGAAGACAAGCUCAUAACAAUUGAUGGGGAUAUGUUCAACCUUAAUGACCAGCAAACCGUACUGGAAGCUGAAAAUUUGGUCCACAAAAUAUUAGAAGAUGACACCAGAAUUAAUCAGGAUUCAUCUGAAAUUGAAGAAGAAAGUUUGCCCUUAGACUGCCCAGAAAAAGAGAGUAAGCCAAAUGCAAAGCAUUCAGAAAGUCCCCAAAAAACCUCUACAAAGCCAGUUCUGUUCACUGUAGCCCCAGCGUGGCAAAGAUCUCUCUCUGGGGUGUCCACUGUGAAAGACAGCAGCUUUUUCAGGAAUGUCAGUGCACAUAGCAUUAAGCCAGAACUGUUUGUUGGAAGUGCAAGUGUCCCAGAAUCAUGCAACCUAGAGGAUUCAAAAAAAGAAAAUCUUCCAAUGAUCAAAUCAAGUGAAACUGAAUCAGCAGUCCCCUUUGGUGUCCGACUGAGAAGGACAAUAUCUUCUUUAAAAUACAACGAAGAAGAACAGGUUGGUGAAUCAAUAAAACAGAGUGUAUGCUCUUCUGAACCCAUGUCCCCUGUUAUUCAGAAUAUCCAAAGUCCUACAAAGAGAACAGAGACACAAUCAGACAUCAUUAAAGUUUCUAAGCCACCCCAAGGAUACCCUGAGGACAGAUGGCAACAAAAAACAAAACCUGAGAAUCUAUCGCAGAGACAGAACUCUGAACCAGCCUGGAUCUCAAUGGCAAAACAGAAGCAGAAAGGAUUUCAGGAUCAUGUACUUGCCAGAGAGCAGAGCAUGGGCACAGAAAAGACGAUUGAACUUUCAGCAACAAGAAAUGUCACCAUUCUGCAAAGCCCAGAACUAAAGGAGAAUAAUAUGGAACCUGCCUCAUCUGAAGUUGCAGCUUCUACAGCAGAUGUCCAACUGGAUCUUGAAAAGUCCACGUCAGCUACAGCAUCCCAGACUUCUGAGGAACCCCCAUGGUUGUCUCUGGCCAAGAAAAAGGCAAAGGCAUGGAGUGAGAUGCCUCAGAUUGUGCAGUAGCAGUUACCCUGAGAUGCCUCAGAUUGUGCAGUUAGCAGUUACCCUGAAGAUGCACUACAUGCUUCUCUCAGACCAGUUGUUUCACUGUGAACAAUGGCAGCCAUUAAAAGCCUGCAAAUGCUAUAGUUUGCCAAGUACUGAAGCUAGACUUUCUUUCUUAUGUUUCUUUUAUGAAACACAAUUUGUUAAUGAGGGAUGUUUAACUUGCAGCCCUCCUGCUGUUGGAGAACUACAAUUUCAUACACCUGACCAGUAGUUGAGCAACUGCUGAAAGGCUGCAGCUGAACUAUCCUUUAAGAUAAAUGCUCUCACAUUCUAGUAGAAAUAACACCGGUAUCAUAGUAUACUUUGUUUUAUUUUUUUAAUGUUAGUGACAUUGGCUAUUACUUUUUUUUUUUUUUUAAGGAAAUAGACUGUUAUAGACUGUUAACCUAAAAUGAAUAUUUAUUCAUACAUGCAAGAAUUAUAUGGGUCAGUGGUGUCAAUAACUUCCAGCAUCCUCAGCAAGUUCAAGAGUUGGAUUCCUGAAGGCAAGAGGGAUGUGAACCGGAUAUACCUGCUAUAGUCAGUCUCUUGAUUGAGCUGUUUAGGUGCUUUGCAGGUUCUUUUAGUAGUGAGCAACUUUAACUAAUAAAUGUGUGGAGCAUCAGAAGUGAUGCUGCUAUGUGCUGGACACAUGCUUUACCCACCAGGGACUUUAAUGCACCGCUUUCAUACAACUGUAUUACUGGGGAUAAUGUGAGACAGGCUAAGAAUGAAAAUACCUUUAUGUUUGUGAAGUCAUGUAAGAAAAUGUAUUGGCCACCGCUUUUCUUUGUAAAAAUAAUUGUGCUUUAGCUUUCAGAAGUAGGCAUUAUGAUUCUUUCUUCAAUCAGAAGGUCAUAUUUUUUUCAUAUAUUCACUGAAGGUACCAAAGAAAGGCGCACAAGUUCUUCUUGUGCCAGCUGCAAAGUCGAUCUUGAGAUUAUUGUAAAAGCUAUUUCCAUCGGUUUAUUUCCCUUUAUAUGUUAUGUCUAUUCCUGGGGUUCUUUACCUAUUUAAGAACUAGAGAAAAAAACAAAUAAGAUUGUUCUAAAUUAACAUGAGCAGUGCAUAUAGGAGCAGCUUCAUGCCAAUGCUGGCAUCUGAAUGGUGAGCAAACACAUUUUACUGUAGAUAAGUCUGAGAGAAUUUUGUCAACACAGGUGUUUCUGUAAUAAAACAGUAUUUUCAUGUGUUUAGCGACUAGUACUGCCCAUAUAAACUUUGAGUUUGCCACCUCACCAAGGCAGAGCACACAAGGAGAAAGCUCAUGUCUAAUUUUCAGAUUUUAGUGUGCAGCAACCUAGUGUACCUGCAAUUGACAACAGCCAUGGGAAAGUCUCUUAAAAGUGGCCAAAAACCCAAAUGUGUGCAGGCAAUAAAGCAUCAAGCUGUUAGUUUUCUGUCUAAUCCACCUAAGCAAGAGGUCAUUCAUUCACAAGAAACUUUCCCGCUGUAAAAUUUCUUAGAAAACUAAUGUCAGAGAACAAUUGAGGUGGGAUUCAGAGGUCUCGAUGCCUGCAGCAGGCCAACUUGUGCAGGACCUCAUGUUUAGAUUACUUGAGCUUUUCUAUUACUAUAUUCCAAGGAUGUCUAACUUUUGUAGCCUUCCAGCUAUGAAAACAUUUUUACCAACCAAUGCUGGAUAUUAAAGUAGCACAGCUGAAGGCUUGCAGGGUACACAUUGUAAUAUCACAUCCCAAAGGUCCUGAUUUCAAGUGCCGUUGCAUAUGAGAUACAGUGACCUCAGUUAAUUUCACCUCUUUGCUUAUUAUAGCAAUAGUUAACAGUUAAUUGCAUAUUCCAAUAUAGAAAAGGGAGCAAUAGCUUCUGCAAAAAAGCCCACAGGCCAAGUCAUCCUACCCUAGUGAUUGAUGAUUGUUCAGCAUUUAUACUUAAGGAACUAUGCACUUUUCCUGCUGCUGCAUGACGAAUUGUAUUCUCUAAAAUAAUACAUUGGGGCAAAUAAUUCAUGUUGUAUGCACAGGAAGAAACCUACAAACAGUAUAGAUAACCUACGAUGUCUGUAUUACUUAGAGAAACAUGGGUUUCCAUGCAUAUACUGUAUAUAUGUAACAUGCUUGAACUGUAUUACAUUGCCUUUGUCUUAUAUUACUAUUUUUGUACUCUUUUGAAAAAAAUUUGUAUAACAUUUUGUCCAUAAUGUGUUUAUUAUGUUAAUUAUUAUUAAAUGCUAAGCUGCUA